AUAUUAUUAAUUGAAUUAAUUAAUUUCACACUUGCCAUUCUAAAAUAUCUCUCUCUCUCUUCUUUCAUAUUCAUAUUUUCAGAAAUCUCUUAUAUUUUCCUCCUUAAUUAGAAACAAACCCUUCUCUUAAUUCUUUCAUUCAUUUUAGAUUUUCCAUUUCAAACUCAAUUUCUCAUUUAAUUUGAUUCUUCCCUAUAUACAAAAUUAGGAAAUUAAUUAAACAAAGGUUUUUGCAUGUGUGAUCAAUAUCAUUCCCUCUUAAAAAAAGUUUCAUUUCAUAUAAUCUUCACAUAUGGUUCCAAAAACAAUGGCUUCUAGAUUUGAAGGAAAAACCAUCUUCCUCAUUUCAAUGUCCUUAUAGCUUCUUCAACAUCUUAAUCCUCUUCAAGGCAACAAAAGCAUUAAUUUCCACCUCAAAAUCCAGUUCUUGCUUCCACAUUUUUUCAUCCUUUAAAUUUAGAAGCCAUUUUGAGGUUCUGUUUGUGAUUCCAACAUGACAAUUAAAGGAAUCUACAACAAAGGUUGCAAGUACAUCAAUCAAAUUUUUGUUGUGAAGGAGAGGGAGAUUGAAAUUGGGGGUCCAACAGAUGUUAAGCACGUGGCACACAUUGGAUGGGAUGGUCCCAAUGGAAGUGGGCCCAGUUGGAUGAAUGAAUUUAAAACAGCACCUGAUUUUUCAACAUCAAUUGGUAGCUUGAAUGAAAGAAAAGAUCCUAAUCUAAAGGCUGUUUCUACAUCAGAUUCCAGUGAAGAUGUUGAAGAUCCCACAACAAACCAACCAACACCAAUCAUGUACCAAGGCAACAUUCCAUCUGAUGAUAGUGCUACUCAUCAUCAUCAUCAUCAUCAUGUUCCUAGAAAACCAAAAAGAAAAAAGACAAAACCAACUUCCUCUCCUAAAUCAAGACAAACAAGACCACCAAGGCCUAAGGGUGUGUAUAGUGAAAGAGAUUGUGAAAGAGAAGAAACACCAAUUGCUCAAACAUUUGAAGACUCAAAUUGGCAAUUGUAAUAGCAAGAAUCAUAUGCAUGUCCUUAAUAUAGGGACACUAGGGUUUCAAAGAAGUUUAAUUGACCAACCUAUUAAGAUUUCAAUGUUUAGUAUUUCAUAGUUGAGUUGAAAAAUGUCAAAGGUGGGAGGAAAAUGUGGUUACUUUAGGGUGUUUGGAUUGUGUGCUAGUGUUUGGUUUUAUGUGAAAUAUAUUUUGACCUUAAAUAUAUAUAAGUUGUAUUGUAAAUUUUUUAGAUUAAAUGAAGAUAUGGAGAGAGAAAAUAUAGUAAAAGUUCCUCAUUUGUACAAGA